GGAAGGAGGGGCGGGGCCUCUGGUGGCGGCUGGGAACUUGGGGGGGGAGGCGGCAACAUUGUUUCAAGUUGGACAAAUUGACAAGAGCGAGAGAUACGCUGCGUUCCAUCCCGACCUGGGGCCACGGUGCUGGGCCCUGUUUUCCCCUCCUCGGCUCCCGAGAGCCGGGGCCCGCCAUCUGCUGGGUUUCCAGGCCCCCGCUCCAGGGCCGGGCUGACCCGACUCGCUCGCGCUUCAUGGAGAACUUUCAAAAGGUGGAAAAGAUCGGAGAGGGCACGUACGGAGUUGUGUAUAAAGCCAGAAACAAGUUGACGGGAGAAGUGGUGGCGCUUAAGAAAAUCCGCCUGGACACUGAGACUGAGGGUGUACCCAGCACUGCCAUCCGAGAGAUCUCUCUGCUUAAGGAGCUUAACCAUCCUAAUAUUGUCAAACUGCUCGAUGUCAUCCACACAGAAAAUAAACUCUACCUGGUUUUUGAAUUUCUGCACCAAGAUCUGAAGAAAUUCAUGGAUGCCUCUGCUCUCACUGGCAUUCCUCUUCCACUCAUCAAGAGCUAUCUGUUCCAGCUGCUCCAGGGCCUAGCUUUCUGCCAUUCUCACCGGGUCUUGCACCGGGACCUUAAGCCUCAGAAUCUACUUAUCAAUGCUGAGGGGUCUAUCAAGCUAGCCGACUUUGGACUUGCCAGAGCCUUUGGAGUCCCUGUUCGUACUUACACCCAUGAGGUGGUGACCCUGUGGUACCGAGCACCUGAAAUCCUCCUGGGUUGCAAGUACUACUCCACAGCAGUGGACAUCUGGAGCCUGGGCUGCAUCUUUGCUGAGAUGGUGACCCGCCGGGCCCUAUUCCCUGGAGACUCUGAGAUUGACCAACUCUUCCGGAUCUUUCGGACUCUGGGGACCCCAGAUGAGGUGGUUUGGCCGGGAGUUACUUCUAUGCCUGAUUAUAAGCCAAGUUUUCCCAAGUGGGCCCGGCAAGACUUUAGUAAAGUCGUACCUCCCCUGGAUGAAGAUGGACGGAGCUUGUUAUCGCAAAUGCUGCACUACGACCCCAACAAGCGGAUUUCGGCAAAGGCAGCUCUGGCUCACCCUUUCUUCCAGGAUGUGACCAAGCCUGUACCCCACCUUCGACUCUGAUGUCCUUCUCUGAGCCCCCACACCCAGUCUCACUCUUGCCUCCAGUGUGGGCUUGACCUGGCUCGGCCCUGGGCUAUUGGGUUCAGGUGGCCCCCUGAUCUUGUCAGGCUGCCUUAACACCCACCUCCCUCUCUUGACCAGUCAACUCUGGGGAUACAGGGAGAAAUAGGUGAAAAUGAAAGGAAGUUUCAGUGCACUUAAGUCAGUCUCCACCACCCUCUCGCCUUGCUCUUAGUCAUUGCUGCAGAGGGGUGGUAUUAAACCAAACAAACGAAAACAAAGCUCACUGUCCUCCCCACAUGUUGGGUUUGCCAUCCCAUCUCUGAAUGCUCAUAAUUAUUAUUUCUUGUGUUUGGGAUGACAAAGACCCCACACCUGCUGCCACUGUUUUUGUAAAGGCUCAUAGCAUGGGGCUAAGUUGGAACUUUUGAGAACCAAGCAAAACAAAACCACGGGGAGGGGUCUGUUUUUAAAAAUGAGGCUAGGAAAAUAGAUCCAAUCCGUUUAUACCCUAGUUUUAGUGUUUCACCUUGCCUAACAGGCUGGAGAGUCAAGACUCAGUCCUGGUGAGGCUGCAGAAGAAAUGAUUGCACCUAGUCCCCUUGUCUGACCCUCCUACAGGCAAAAGGAGUCUGGGAGGCUCCAGGACAGGGAUUGCUUCAUUCCAAUCUGUUGCCUCAUCAUGGCUUUAUGAGGCAGGUGAGAGAUGUUUGAAUUUUUCUUCCUUUUAGUAUUCUUAGUUCUUCAGUUGCCAGGAAUUCCUGCUCCCAUCUUCCUCUGAGGUCACCCCCCUUUACCCCACAGAAGUGGAAGUUAAGAGUUUAGGCAUCAUUUUGAGAAUGCUGACACUUUUUCAGGGUUGUGAUUGAGUGGGGGCAUUGGGAGAAAAAUAUUUCUUUAAAAGAAGGAUGAACAAUUAUAUUUAUAUUUCAGAUUAUAGUAGUUUUUUUUGUCAGAGUGGGUGGAUUUGUUGCCAUGUGCACCUUGGGAUUUUGUAAUACCAAUGCGAAAAACGCAUUUUUUUUUUCUUUUUAUGGUUUUGUCUCUCUUCUCCUAUCCCUUGUCCUUGAGUGCUCUUGUUAUUAACGUUAUUUGUAAUUUAGUUUGUAAUCCAUUAAAAAAAAUGUUCCUAGUUUUAUA